ACUGGGCUGCCACUACUGAUCGGAGGCUGUGGGAAUGUUUGUCAUGCUAAUAUUGUGUAUUUUCAAUGAAUAGAUCUCCAUGUGUUACUUUGAAAAAGCCAGGGGCGGACUGGCAACUCAUGGGGCCCCCGGGCAAUAGGGGAUCAUGUGGCCCCUGUGUCCUCACCCACACUUAAACCACACCCAAAAAAGCCUAUGAAGGGUACCAGGGGCUUCUCAUGGGUCCCCCUACUGACCCCAGGCCCUCGGGCUGUCAAGAGUGCUGGAAUG